GGUUCGGGCGGGUCGGAUGGACUCGGAACUUUUGACAUUGAUAAUCAUUUUCCUGCACGAUCGAGGCGGCUCUGUUGCUCAAAGUCUCUCUCUGUCUCUUAUCUUCAUACUCUCUCUCUCUCUCUCUCUCUCUCUCUCCCUCUCUCUCCCUCGGCCUUGUGCCCUUGACGGCAUCGUAACCUCCUUCAAGCCACUAACUCCAUUCUUCUCGCCUCCGCCCCUCAUUCUUGCCGCAUGCCCAGCUGCUGCUUCGUCCGGAAUAGCAGAAUCGAUUCUUGGUUGCUCCGUCCUGCUCCAUCCUUUCUAGCUACUGCUGCUCCUCUCUACCAUUCCCUUCAACGAAAAUCCAACAUUGCGGACUGAAACUGUGUACCAGGUUUGACCUGUGAGGUUUUUGCAGUGCUUCAAACUCUUAAGAUUGCUGAUACAAGAUGGUCAAUGCUACUAAAGGAUUGUUCAUAUCCUGUGACAUACCCAUGGCGCAAUUCAUUAUCAAUUUGAAUGCUUCUUUACCUGCAUUGCAGAAGUUCAUUAUUCAUGUUAUUGAUAGCACUCAUCUCUUUGUACAACCCCAUGUUUCUGAAAUGAUACGAAGUGCUAUUUCCGACUUCAGAGAUCAGAAUUCCUAUGAGAAGCCGAAUUGAUUUAAUUUUCUUUCCUUUGCUUUGUAUCAUGGAGGAUUUAUGUAUAUUUUUCAUAAGCUCCUGUUUUAACUUGUAUAUUUAACAAUUUCUUUGUUUUCAUAUGUCAGAGUACUUUUGCUGCUGUUCUCAAUGCUUUUUUAAAGUAGAGCUCUUGAAAUGGCCAGUUGAACUUCCGCA